AUGAAAUAAGGUGAAUAAUCUCUUCUCAAGUUACGCCCUUACAAGAAAGUACCUUAAGAUAAGAAAAAGCAACUAGUUGAACUGGUGUUUUAGAAAGAAUGGAAAAUAAAAUAGGUUUGUCUUAAAAUUUGAAUAUAGGCUUCACUAUUCCUUUGUAUUAACUAUGCGACUGCUAAGAAUAUCAUUUUGAAGUUCAGAAAGACUACGAUUAGAAAAAAAACUUUAUAACUUCCCGAAUCGAAGAGAUGCCAUUACAAAUUGAUUGAAUAAUCUAAAUCUAUAGUAAAAGUCAUAACCAGCAAGGGAGGACUAUAAAUAUAUGAUUCAAGCCCCUAGAAAUCGUGA